GACGCGCAGAAUUCAUUUAAAAGCAGAUCAGUUUAUCAAUCCACUUCUAACAUGAAGUUCAUUAGUGCUACUCUUGUAUUUCUGUUCGAUACAGCUCCGACCCUAGUGGCCGUUGGUGGUCGUUAUUCAAACAACUGGGGCAGGGACUGCAUUUGCCUCGACUCUAAAGUGUGUCGCAAUAAAUGGCACGGUAAUUCUUACACCAAAACUCCUAGUGAUUAGCCUUGCCCUUCAGACCCUUCAAACAUCAUGGCGUGCGUCAUCCCUGACUGCCCGGGCUACGGCUCCAACACUCAGUGCCUAUGGAGAGAAGGUUGCCGGUCCGUGAACGGCGGU